AACUGCCCCCAGCACUGAGAACUGGCUCAACGGGUCUCAAGGUUCUUAGGCCACCUGCAUAGGGGACCAGCAGCUGCUUAACCUCCGGUUUUUCUCCCUCCGUCCAUAUCUUUCAUCUGUUUCAGGGUUCAUCAGCUCCCCCAGAACUUGCCUCGUGAGUUUUCCUCAAGAGUUGAUCCCUUCGGGACUGUAUCUUCUGUCUCCACCCCUGUAUGGCCAGGCAGCUUUGCCUUCAGUUUGCUUGGUCCAUUUCUGUUUUCCCCCAGGCCUUGCUGUUUCAGAGCUAAAGCAGCUUCCAUUGUAUUAAAACUCAGUCUCUCUCCCACAAUACGCAUCAGGAAAUAGGCACAAUCAGAAGUGGUAACAGAAUCAAUGUUGUCAAACUAGAAAUCUCAACGCCCCACUAGACAUUUCCAUGUCUGGAGCUAUUUUUCAGGGGUUACAGGAAAGGGGAGUCCCUCAUGACUAAUUCCCAGAAUGGCAGCAGCACACUCAGCCCUACCUGCUUCCUACCCCCAGGAGGCCCCAAAUCCCCUCUGAAAGGGUAUGGUUCAGGUGUCAGCAUAGCCACCUACAAGACCGGGGUGGGGUAGAGAGGGUAUGGAAGGUUUAGAUCAGAUGUCCUGAGUGAAGCAGGACCAGAUUAUCCCCAACACAAAAUAGCUGGGAAGUAGCUACCAUAGACAGUCCCGUUUUGAAUUAGGCCAGCCCCAGGCAUGAACAAAGACAGUCCACAGCCCUGGAUUAGUCAUGGAACUGAAGAGAAGACAGCACAAGGGCUGUGCCUGGCUGGGAGUCUGGAGUUUCCAGUUUGGUGUGAGGCAGGGGAGGGGCCUCCACACAGGGGGCGUGCAGGAGGCUGGGGCAGGGCCCCAGUCAGCUAUGCAAGGCUGCGUAAGCAGAGGCAGCACCAAACAGGACCCAACAGCCUCCUGAAACUUGGGGAGUGGACACCGCGGCUUUGACCACCCAAGGCACCACUCCUGUUCUAAAGCUUGUAACUCCAUUUGUCAUCUGAGGCCUCUGCUUAGCCUGUACCCCAAGGAUGGAACUACUAAUAGGAGUAAAAAUUGGCUGCCUAUUUGCCCUGCUGGCUCUCACUCUCGUCUGUGGCCUUAUUCCCAUCUGCUUCAAAUGGUUCCAGAUUGAGGCAGCCACAGGUAUAGCCCUCUUGCAUCUUUGGCCCCAUAACCUAAGUCUGACUUCAACCCUGUCACCCUAUCCUGACACCUUGCUCUGAUUCUCUUGCCACCCCAAGCUUGGAUGUUGGGUGCUGCCUCUUGCUCUUUAGUCGCCUGUGUCCAUCUCAGUGACUCAUUGCCUGCUGCAUUGUCACUCUUGCUUUUCAUUAGGUCAUCACCGCCAGGUCCUCAGCCUCCUGGGCUGCAUUUCUGCUGGUGUUUUCCUGGGCGCGGGGCUCAUGCACAUGACUGCUGAGGCCCUGGAGGGAAUUGAAUCGGAGAUCCAGAAGUUCAUGAUGCAGAACAGGACAGAGAGUGAGGGUUAUUCCUCUGGUGAUGCUAAUUCAGCUUAUACAGACUAUCCCUACGGAGAGCUCGUCAUCUCCCUGGGUUUCUUCCUCAUCUUCCUUUUGGAGUCGCUGGCAUUGCAGGGCUGUCGUGGAGCCGAUGGAGGAUCAAAAGUGCAGGAGGAGGAGAUGGGUGGGGCUCGUGUCCUUGGACUCCACAGUCACGGACCUCCACCCUCACCCUCGAGGAGUCCCUUUCGAGCCCUCGUCCUCCUGCUCUCACUCUCCUUCCACUCAGUGUUUGAAGGCCUGGCCGUGGGACUGCAGACAACAGUAGCAGCCACCGUGCAGCUCUGUCUUGCUGUCCUGGCUCACAAGGGACUCAUAGUGUUUGGGGUAGGACUGCGGCUGGUGCAGAGAGGCACUGGAUCACGAUGGGCUGUUUUCUCCAUACUGUCAUUUGCUCUCAUGUCCCCCCUGGGCCUCGCCCUGGGGCUGGCUGUGGUUGGACGGGAUGCUGAAGGGGGCCGAGGCUUAGCCCAGGCUGUGUUAGAGGGUGUGGCAGCUGGCACCUUCUUAUAUGUCACCUUCCUAGAAAUUCUGCCCCGGGAGCUAGCUGGUCCUGAGGGCCCUCUGCUCAAGUGGGGCUGUGUAGCUGCUGGCUUUGCCUUCAUGGCCUUCAUUGCUUUGUGGGCCUGAGAGAUUCCUGACUUUCCCGCAGACCCAUCUAGAAGGGUGUCCCCACCACCAGCAGACACCCCCAGAUGGCUUUGGCCCUCAGACAUUUCUUUGCUGAGACUAAGCAGCAUUCACUAGGCAUCAUCCGCAUGAACUGGAUCCCAGGUUUUCCUCAUGAGAUGCCUCUGCUCAUCCAGUACUGGGAACAGGAUGUGUAUGUUUGGCUGAGUGCUUAUUAUCUGGGGAAUUGGUACAAAGACCACCACUCCAAAUUUGACUCUUGUUCCAUUUUUGCUGCUAUGUGUAAUAAAAUGUCCAUUUUCCC